AUGGUCAGUAAACAACAAGGCAAGGCGUAUGAGGCUCCUACAGCCCAUACGAUCAAUAUAGAAGGAUCGGUGGUCUUGUCUAUUCUCAGACACACCUCGGAGAAUUUUCCAUCGUUGUUCUCGGGCUCCCUCAUGGGAUUCGAAGACGAUGAAGGCACCAUCGAUAUCACCCACGCAUACCCAUUUCCUUACCCAGACCAAUACGAAGGUGGAUCUUUCCGUUCUAAAAGCGGAAGCAAGUAUCAGCAAGAGAUCUUAGAAGCAUUGAAAUCUUUGGAUGAGGGUGUCGAAUUCCAAGGUUGGUUCCAGUCCACUGUCUCUGGUAACUUUGUCACUUCUUCUUUGGUCGAUGCCGUGGCUCAGCAACAGCUCAACAACAAGAACUCGUUUCUUUUAGUGCACAACAUGGUUUCUGUUGGUAAAGGCUUGGACUUGAAGGCUUUAAGAUUGUCCGAGAACUUCCUUACUACAUACUUGGACGGCAAGUGGAAGACAAAGGACUUAGAGACCCACAAGUUGUCUUACCUUAACAUCUUUGAUGAAACCCCCAUUCAUGUCCACAAUCAGCAUUUGGUCAACUUGUACUUGGCAUCAAGUAAAGAGACCACCUUGCCUAAUGAGUUCGACACCUUGAACUUCUCUUCCAAUUCAAACAUCACCACACAGUUAUUGGAGAACUUGUACAGCCAAAUUGACUCGUUCAACUUUGAUCAGACCAACUUCAACUACUAUCAGAGACUCUUGCAGAAGGAGCACACUAAAAUCCUUCAAUGGAAGCAGAACAGAAAGAACGAGAAUACAGAAAGAGUGAAGAUCGGCGAGCCCGAGUUGGAUCCAAAUGAAUGGCAAAAUAUCUUCAAGUUGCCUACAGGUCCAUCGAGAUUCAACAAUACUUUGUAUUCUAGAGCCAUCGACGAGUUGGCUGACGACAUUUUAAAGAAGUGCGACCAAGAGUUGAUCAAAAGUUUUGCCAUUGAAAGAAAAUUGACUUCUAAUUAA